UUUUACGAGAACUGAAGAAACCAUGGGGGUGCUAUUCUCGUCGCCUACAUGAAAGAACAAUUCUCUAAAUUCUCUGCUCUCUAAAUCAUAAAACCUCUGCAACUCAUCUUCCUAUGCGUCACUUAUCAUGCGGUCUUUUUGUCUCCUAGCAUUUCGCCACAAUAUGGUCUCUCUCCCUGCCCUCUCCAACUGGAAAACCUCUCUGUUUCCAUUAAACCCCUCAAAAUACCUCAGCUUCUCUAUCUGCAAUUCCCUUUAUGAAAUUCGUUGCUCCCCUCUCUACACCUCCAGAUUUCUGCACACUCAAAGCUCAGAUGACGAGUUUAGAGCCAUGGCUUCAAGAACCAGUAUUAACAGGAGAGUUCAGCCUGAUAGGAACUGGCUCAAGGCCAAGGAAACCAUAAAGGAAAAGGGCAUUUCAUCUUCCGACUCUUCCCCAUUGUUGCAAUCCUUGGAGUUUGAUAAGAACCAGAACCUUAGUCAGAAUCAAGCUAUAGGAAUGGUGGUUUCAGCUCAGGCCAAUUUCAUGAGGGUCAUUGUUGAAAGAGCAGGAGUGGUGGUUUAUGACUCCGAGAAACCUAGAAGAGUAAGCCCAUUAGCGGAGACGGCUGAUGAUCUUUCUGAUUAUGCGCAGACCUUGAGGAUAAGGACUUCUCUUUUCAAAGGUGAAAAUGGUGAUGAUUCUAGGUUUUCUGGUUCAAAAAGUUCAAGCUCAGUUGUAGAUGACACGAGUGCAUCUAGAGAGACAAUGGAGCUAUCUAGAGGGAGAAUUGAUAGUUCUAUACUGAGUUCCGAAGCAAAAGAGAUUGGGAGAAAAGGGGUUAUUGAAAAUGUUAUGAAGCAUGAAUUGUGCUCUGAAAAAUUAGGGUUGUUAGGUAAGAAUACAGACAAUGGAGAAUUGGGUUUUGAAGAAGAAGGGGGAACUAAGGAUCAUAAAGCCGGUGUGGAGCUUCUUUGUGUGGUUAGAGCGGUUCUUAAGAAGAUUAGAAGGAGGGUUCUUGUGGGGGAUAAGGUUUUGGUGGGAGGAAUAGAUUGGGUUGAUAGGAGAGGGAUGAUAGAGAACAUUUUUAAGAGAGAGGCUCAGAUUAUUGAUCCACCUGUUGCAAAUGUGGAUCAUUUUCUUGUGCUUUUCUCAAUGGAGCAACCGAAGCUGGAGCCCUUUGCUCUGACCAGGUUCUUGAUCGAGGCUGAAUCUUAUGGAAUUCCUGUAACCUUAGCCCUGAAUAAAUCGGAACUAGUGGAAGAGGAGACUCUAGUGACAUGGAAGGAUAGGCUUCGUACUUGGGGAUACGAACCACUCUUCUGCAGUGUUGAUUAUGGAACUGGAUUACCUUCCAUAGCCUUCAUCUUGAAAGAUCAAACAACUGUUAUAGUUGGUCCGAGUGGAGUUGGGAAGUCGAGUCUGAUUAAUGCUUUGAGAUCCAGAACCAAUCAACUUGGAUACCUUGGAAGCAAAUCAGAUAGCUCGGUUGAUAAGAUUGGGGGCAGCAAGUGGUUUGAAGAACAGAAGGUUGGUGAAGUCUCAGAGAGAAGUGGCCGAGGAAAGCAUACUACACGUAACGUUUCUUUGCUACCAGUUCCAGAAGGUGGCUACCUUGCUGACACUCCUGGAUUCAAUCAGCCUAGUCUUUUGAAUGUUUCAACAAAAUCUCUUGCUCAGUUGUUUCCUGAGGUAAGACGAAUGCUUAAUGCCAAUGAACCUGCAAAGUGCUCAUUCAAUGAUUGCUUACAUCUCGGGGAGCCAGGGUGCAUUGUAAAGGGUGACUGGGAAAGAUACCCGUACUAUCUUCAGCUGCUCGAUGAAAUCAAAAUCAGAGAACAGUUCCAGUUAAGGACAUUGGGGACGAAAAGAGAGGGCGAUGUUAGAUACAAGGUUGGGGACAUGGGGGUUAAGCAGCCCGAGCCCAGGUUAGAGCUUAAAAAACACAGAAGGCAGUCGCGGAAGAGGAUUAACCAGUCAUUACUAGAUGAGCUCAAUGAUUUGGAUGAUGCAGAUGAUUUGGUUGACAUUGGAGGUAACCUAUGAGAAUGAUAUUCUUCAAUGGCAAUUGUAUAGAAAAGAAAACGUUUUGUGAACAGAUGCAUGAGAGCAUGUGGUGUAUAUAGUGAGGUUAUAUCAGUCUCUUUCCGAUUAUUAGCUGUUA